AUGCGGAAUAACUUCACAGGCGUGCACUGCUGUUUUGUAUUAAUAUUGUCACGCAAAUGAAUGUCGAAAUGAGCUGGCAACCCCGAGGUUCAAAUAUCAUAAUAUUCAACGCUCUCGCAGUACUGCCUGAGCAAUCGUUCGGUCAACAUCCAUAAGGAUAUUGAUUUCGUCAUUGAAAGCGUUGCCAGUUGUUUUGUUCCCGAAAGAUCGCCGGCGUUUUAUCUGUUUGUUUGUUUUUUGGUAUUAAUUUGAAAUUAUUUGUGACUAUUUAUUUAAGAUAUUACUACGUGUGUGUGUGUGUGUUUAUAUUGAUAAUAUUGAUAUGGCACCUAAAAAACUUUUACGGGGUCGUGUUUUACACAGCCAAAGCUGUGAAAUUGUGAACAAUAUUAUUAAGUUCAUGAAAAAAGAGGCUGAAGAAGGGAUUAGCAUUCCUUUGACAAAUUACAGGGAUAGAGUAUUGGCUGCUACUGGGGUAUCAAAGAAUACCUACCAGAGAAUUUGCAAAGAAUCUAAGAAAAAGGAUUUGCAAGGACCAAGUACCUCUUUUCAAAACCCCAAAAAAAGGAAAAAUAUGAAGAAAUGGAAAUUGGAUUCUUUCACACCUCACCAGAUUAAAAGUAUUAGAGAAAUAAUCUACAAUUUUUACAUGAUGGAAAAAAAAUUUCCGACAUUAAAGGGUAUUAGACAAAAGAUCCUCGAUCGAGGUGUAUUAUCAGAAGACGUCGCUGAAUUAAGCAUAAGCACCCUGAGCCGACUUUUGAAAAAAAUUGGAUUUAAGUGGCAAAAAAUGCAAGAUAAACGAAAAGUUUUAUGCGAAUCCUAUGACAUACGCGCUAAGCGUAUAAAAUUCUUAAAAAAAUUAUUGAGUAUCGUAAAUGGAUUACUUAUCUUUAAAUCAGGAACGAAAACUGGUGACUAUCACAACGAAAUGAAUUCAAAAAAUUUUAUGACAUGGGUCGAGAGACAACUAUUACCAAACUUACCCGAGAGGUCUGUUUUCGUUGUAGAUAAUGCAUCGUACCAUAACGUGCCUAUAAAAAAAAUAUUACGACGGCUACUAGGAAAGCGGAAAUGAUUAAUUGGUUGGAAACAAACGGAAUUCCAGCAGACCCAAAAUUAACCAAACCAGAGUUAUAUAAAAUUAUUUCUGAAAAUAAAUUUCGUUUUCCCAUAAAAUAUAGGUUAGAUGAGCUUUUAGAAAAAGAUGGUCAUUGUGUGCUCCGUUUACCUCCGUAUCAUCCCCAUUGAAAAAAUAUGGGCUUUGGGUUGCAGCGCGGAAUACCACGUUUAGAUUGCCUGAUACUGAGGCGCUGGCCAGACAAAAAUUUGAGGAGGUGACAGAACAAGAGUGGUUCAAUAUUUGCCAACAUGUAAGAAAGUAUGAGAAUGAACUCAUAGAAAAAGAACACCUUUUAGAUGAAGCAGUAAAAAAUUUAGUGUUCACUGUUAAUACAGGCUCAUCUGAGGAGAGUGAAGAGGGUUGGGAUGACGAUGAGGCGGCAUCAGAGGAUGAACUAGGGUGUUCAAUCCUUGAAUCGGACAGCUCUGAACAAAAUGACGAUGUGAUGUAAAUAUGUAAUUAACAAAAAAAAAACAAUUUAAAUCUGGUGUGCAACAAGGUAUGUAAUUAUACAACAGUAAACAGAUUUUUCUUAUUAUAACGAUUUUAUACUUGAAUUCAUCUGAAGAUUUGUUUUUUUUCUCCUAAAUUUUAUCGAAAAAUUCUCGAAAAAUAUUGCAAUACGGUGUUUUUAUAAAAUUUCUAUUCAUUUUUUGUGAUUUCUUUUACUCCACGGUCCCGUAUGUUUGUCGGGGUAAGAAAAACUUAAAAACACAUCUUUUCAUUACACCGCUGGCAAUUUUGUAAUGCUUAUAGACCUACAGUUUUUCAUAAAUUGUUACCUACCUAAUAAAAACUAUAAUAAGAAAAAUCCACAUACCUACUGCAUAUUUACCAACUACAAAUUCAUAUAAAUAAUACUAAUAACAAAUGCCAUGCAAAAUUUAAGAAAUUAUUGGAAUCUGCCUGAAUGUUAUAAAAAUAUAACAAUUAAAUCUCACCAGCAUGUAUUUAUAAAAACAACUACACCACUGGAAUACCCCGAAUAAACCCCGUUCUCUCGGUUGAUGUGCGACAUACGUCUCGCUGCAGCGCUGACGUAGGCUGUGACGUAGGUGUACCAAACUAAACUGUAGGCGCUGAAGAAAGAAACUAAACCCAAACAAAUACACGCAUAUUGAGUGUUUAGGCGCAGGAGACAUUACAGGACCGCAUCAAGAUAUUAUGGGUAGUCAUCAAAAAUUUCAUACAAGAUAAUUAUUAUCUUUUACAGUAAAUUUCAGUUAGAGAUUCACAAAUGA